GACGAAAGCUCGAAGAAUCUUUGCUCAAAUAAUCUGAUUUCAGGCUUGGAGUAUGCAUGCAUGUAAUUACAAAGAAACUCGAUCUCGGGUUCGAUCAUAUGACUUUAGGUGUGGCCAUGGAGCUCAUCAGAAGCGCAGCCCUAUUCAAGUCUUUGUUCUUCACUGCUUAUGUGACAUUGAUUGGUCUGUUGGGGCUAAGUCUUGCAGCUCAGGGAUCCAGCAUUACAGCCAUGUACUUGUUGGGAGAUUCUUCUGUGGAUUGCGGCUUAAACGCUCUGUUUUACCCUCUUCUUCAUCGCAAUUUCUCCAUCAUUCCUUGCGACUCCGAUGGCACCACCCUUCUUCCUCAUCUUCUUGCUGAGGAGAUGGGCGUUCCUCACUCCCAACCUUGGUACAAUCAGAAUGGUUCCAUUGAGGCGAUCCUAAAUGGCCUCAGCUUUGGGUCGCCACAGGCAACGAUCGUGAGCGGCGGCCAAAGCCAUCAAUCUCUCAACCAACAGCUACGCCAAGUACUCGACACCCUGCAGCUCUUGCGCCUACAACUCGGACUAGACACUGCUCGCCAUUUCAUCCAAUCUUCCCUCUUCUACUUCUCAUUUGGCGAGGUCGAUUUUAUUCUCGACUCAUCCAGAGGCAAAAACAACUUGAAAUUUCCUCAGCUGCUGGCCUCACAAAUGUCGGUCGCUAUACGAAAUCUCCACGAAGCAGGGGCGAAGAAGAUCGUAUGCAUGGGAAUACUGCCAUUGGGAUGUACUCCUCGAGUUCUAUCUCAAUGGCGUGAUUCCCCUGCGGCCGUAUAUGACGAGAAAGGAUGUGUGAAAGAGAUGAAUGAGUUGGUUGUGAAUUACAAUGAACUGAUGGAGAAGCAGAUCGUGAUGCUGAACGAACAGCUUGGUGAUGCUCGAAUGGUUUUCUGCGACGCGUACAAAGGAAUGAUGGAGAUUAUUGGCAACCCGAGGCGAUACGGAUUUGAGGAGUCGAGGAGUGCGUGUUGUGGACUUGGAUCAUACAAUGCGAGCAUAGGAUGUGUGGCGAAGGAGAUUGCGUGCGGCCGAGUCCGGAGGCAUGUGUGGUGGGAUCUGUACAAUCCGACGGGGGCUGUGAAUUCGUUGCUUGCGAAUUCUGCUUGGCGCGAUCAGCCAUUCUCCAGCUUCUGCCGUCCGUCCACCAUUGGAGACUUGGUGAAAUGACUGCAGAUUCAGAUUCAAUUUUCCAUGUAAUUUAACUCGAAUAAACUUCAAUUUCACUCGUAUGAACAGAGCAAAAACAGGUAGCACGCUCAUCUCAUCCAUCGCUAUGUCAUUGGUAUGAAAAUCAUGUUCCCUUCAAAUCUCGCCCUGACUUCAGAAAAACAUUGAUAUUGCACAGUUCAUACCCCUGCUACGCCGCUACGUGCUCGAUUCCUUCCACCGCUCUCGAUU